ACUGCCAGCUCCCGACAACAAGACUGACUACAACACGUAACCGCUACCAUGUCAUUCUCGUCGUUCAAGAAUCCGGCGACGUACCAUUUGCUCAGCUAUGGCACCCUCCUCGGCUCAACCCUCUUCCAGUCCUUCGUCUCAGGCAUCGUAGCCUUCCGCGUCCUCCCGCGUCCCCAAUUCUCCACACUUCAGAAGCACACUUUCCCUGUAUACUUUACGCUCCAAACUCUUACUCCCGUUGUAAUGCUGCUCACCUAUCCGCGUGGUGGUGCACCCUCCCUGCUUCCAUUCCUCUCUUCGUCUCCCAUGCCACCGACUGCAACCGACAAUCUGAGUUCCUGGCUACAUACUACCAUGUUCCUCACGGCGCUGGUGAACUGGGUGUACAUUGGGCCCAAGACGACCGAGGUCAUGGGUCUGAGGAAACAUCAGGAGACCAGGGAUGGGAAGAAGAGCUAUGAUGCCGGGCCACACAGCAAGGAGAUGCAGGCCUUGAACAAGCAGUUUGGCAUCUUGCACGGCGUCAGCAGUUUGGUCAACAUGGUGGGCUUGGGGGCUAUGAUCUGGUAUGGUGCGGUACUAGCUGAGGGACUGAGUUUGUAAGGUAUGAACAAGGUGUGAAGAGCAUGUAUGUAUUGGGCGAAAGAACUUCGUCGAGUGCGAAAGCGCCAUGGCCGACAAGCACGUUUGGCCGUCUUGUUGUACAUUCAAUAUUGAACACACAGCAUGUUCACUGUAUCCUGC